AUGGAUGACUUUAAAGUUGGCGUAAUCGACAAGGAUUUUAAUGUCAGAGAAAUCACACUACCCGGAUCUUCGCAAGGAGGUUCAGCUGAAUACCCCUCAUCUUGGUUUAGGGACAAUGGUGCUGUUAAGCCACCUAUUAACACCAGCCUUAAGCCGGAGUCUGUGGAAUUGUGGGAUAAGCUGUUAGGCUAUAAUCUCCACACCAUGGUAAAUCCACACAUCGCGGUGCUGUUUAUGAUAGAUUAUAUCAUGGACAACUUCAUUGCUGUAAGUACUCAAGACUGGAAGUCCUAUGGAGUACAUAUAGCAGGGAGAGGAGCGCACGUGACCCCAAUGUCCCUAUUGUCAAUCAAAUCUGGCACAAACGUAAUUAUAGGAACGGAGGGACCAGAGAUAACUGAAAUGGAAAAACAUAGACUCUUUUAUAUCUUAGUGGCCGGGUACAGAUAUGGUUUGGCCUCGGAGAUUAUUCAAGGUGACUAUAAGGCUACGGUACUUGGGAAAAUUAACCAAGUUCUGCGGAACGAUCCCUAUAAUCUAGAGAGUGACCUGACUCCUACGGAACUAUCCCGGUCUAAGUCCUGGUAUAACAAUCUGGAAUUCAGAAAGUUGAUAGCCGCCCUGGACAUGUUCUGGACAAAGUUCCCGGAUUCUUCAGGGGCAAAGCUAAGAGUAUGCACCCUGAAUUCCCGGUUUAAGGACUGCUCAUCCAUCAGUGAAAUAAGACAUCUGUCGGAGGUAUCUGGAAAGAAGGUCGGGGAUAUACUUAGAUAUAUAUUUAGUGCAAGGGUGGGGGAGGAAAUCAUGAAAAUCGGAAAAGAAGGAGAAGAGGUGAACCAAGAAGAUUCUUAUUUUCCUUACAUGCGGGAGUUGGGCCUCUCUAAGAGAUCCCCUUAUUCUUCGACCGAAAACGUACAUCUACACAACUGGAUCUCCAUCUUCUGCGCACUGUUAGGGAGUGAGAGGUCGUUCAAUGCAAGGGUUGUUUCAGAAAAUGGUCUAAUGAUAUCCUUAAACUUGGCAAUACUUGCAGCGUAUGCUUUCAAGACAUACUCAUCUCCCACGAUUGUAUUCGGAACUAAGGAAGAUGCGGAAGAGGCAAAAAUGUUGAAGGAGAUUGAUGAGGAGGAAGGUUCAACUGACUGUGCUUUCGAUCCAGCGUCUCCCAUGGGAGUUUAUAAACACAUGUCCGAUAACUCAAACUCAAUACCACCGGAUGUAAAACAAGUGUUUGUUACCCUAUUAUCUAAAAUGGCUUUUACUUCAGUAUUUUUAUAUUCCAGACCACAAUCACUUCUUAAAGUAAUUACUGAAAUAUUUAACUGA